GCAAACCGAAAUUCAAUUCAAACAUUUUCCGUAAAGAAUCUAAACCCGAACACAUACAGUAUCCCCCUGAUCGAGAUCUCCAUUGUACCUGGAACUCGUAUCCACGAGUUGGACAAGGAGCCAAGCCACCUCCUGUUUCCCAUCCAGAUUUCGACGCGAAACCCCCGCGCUCGAUUGUGACCUCAAUCCCACUCAAUUCACCCCACAAUAGACACAGCGAACGCACUCCACUCCACUCAUUUAUUCAACCACGGCCCCUCUUCUUCCCACGAUUCUUUUCCUUCCCUCUUCAACGACCAUACCUUCAAUUGUGAGCUCUGCGCAUCCAAGGUGGGGGUACCUCGUAGACAGAUACGAGCAAUCGAUACGCGCCCGCUCCUCCUGAAGAGGACUUCCUCACCUCCACCUCCUCUACAAGCAAUUCCUAAGAGCGCACCAGCAAGAAUGACACACCAAGCCAAACGCCCCUACAACGGCUCCCAGCCCUCAAUAACCUCCUACUUCACCACCCAAAACCCAGAUACCCUAACCGCCUCCGCCAUAACCUACUCGAACGUCCCCUCCUUGCCACCACAUGUCCAGUCAAAUCUACUACAAGUAGGGAUGCGGAUCCGGAAGAGCGUACCUGAGGGAUAUAAAACUGGGUCACCAUUCUCUGGAUUCUCAUUAUUCUCAGAUUCAACACCCGUGCCCGCUACACCCUCGAAUCAAAGCACGGCACAGCAGAAGGAUAAGGCCAGACCCACAACCCGCCCAAGAGCAGGAGCUAGAGAGUUGACGCCGUUUUGUGGGUUGUUGAAGGUUGGGGGAAUGGCGCAGCAACAGUGGGGUAUCUACUCUCCUAAUCAUAUUGGGAAUAUGGCGAGGGAAAGGGAUGGGGAUCCUUAUGCGGGCGAAGAGGCGUUUGCGGAUGGUGAGGAUGGCGAGGUGGAGGAACCAGAUGAGAUGCUGCCGCCGUGGAGUAGCCAGGGGAGCGUGAGUACGGUUUCUAGUUCCGGGGAGAUUAUGACGCCGGGUGGGAAUAAGAGGAGUUUCGUUGAGGAUGAUGGGGAGGAGGGUGGAUUUGUGUUUGGUGGGGCGACGGGAAUGGAUAAGGUGCUGGGCGAGAGGGUUCUGGCGGUGCCGAGAAGGAAGAAAUGGGUUGGUAGUGGCAAGUUGGGGAACGGGAGCGGACAGGAGAAUGUCGGCAUUGUGGGGGAGGAUGUUGAUUUUGAGGAGGCGGAGUUCUUGGAUUAUGGGUUGAUUAAAGAGGUUGAGAUGGGUGGGUGUUGAGAGGGGUGGAUCGAUGUGUAUAUGAUUGAUUGUAUUUGGUGUUUUGGGAGCGGGUUUGCUUAGCGUUUGAGAGUGUUCUGGAUGCAUCGGGCGGUUUGUCAUAUGUAUGGUGCUUGGACGCCAAAAGCUUAUACAUACCAGAGAGUCGAUGGGUGUAUACAUGCAUAGUGCUUGGUCACCGAAAUCUGCGUAGUAGCAUUGAGUGAGAAUACCGUAAAAGUAAUCUAGACUUCACAGGUACCCACCGGGUGCUGUGUCUUGUCACU